AUGGGCAGACCAGUCCUUGCGCUAGUCUUCGCGGCGUGCUUUGCGUGUCCUGCGACUGGCAUCCAGAUGCAAGUGCUCCUCGACAGCCUGGUGGUGGUGCCGCAGGCGCUGAACGCAACGCUCUCCCCCUCGCAGGAGCUGCUGACCGAGGUGCACAACGAUGUCGGGGCGGUGAUCCUCGACACGCCCGACGGCUCCGGGGAGGAUGAGAGGAUGAUGCUCAGCUCCGCCGGCGCGGCCGACAAGCAGCGCGCGGUGAAGGAGCAUUCCCAGGGUGAGGGCCAGGACAACAAGGACAAGAAACACUCCGAGGCGACCAGGAACGAGAACGAGGAGCAGAGCGAGAAGAAGCGGCGAGAGCACAAGCUCAUGCUGGGCGCGCUCUCGACGCUCAUCGUCUGCGCCGCCUCGCCGGUGCUGUUUUCGCAGGGCUGGCUCCCCUUUGCCGCGACCCUCGCCUACAUCGUCAGCUUGGUGGCGGUAAAGCUGUGCGUCAAGGAGAUCUUCAAGUCGGGGUACCCGUACCCUUACGCCACGACAGCAUUCCACAUGUUGGUGACCGCAGUGGUGGCUUCGUGCAUCGAGCGUCCCAACAGGGACGGGGGAAAGAGUACGUUGCUCAUCUCGGUGGCCAAAGCGGCGUCGCUGGCCCUGAACAACACGGCCCUCGUCUUCGGCACAGCGGCGUUCGUGUCGAUCUUGGGCGCGUGCACUCCAGCAACCACGUACGUCGUGGGGGUCUGCAGGUACGGCAGUACGACCACCUCGAAGACGAUGUCGAUCAUGGCCGUUGUCGCCGGCGCGAUGCUGUGCGUCAAGGGAGAGUUGGCGUUCUCAUUGUUCGCCACGGUUCUUACCCUGGGGGCGUGCUUGUGCCGCAGUCUGAAGACCGUCUGGAGCCACGACCUCAUGCAGGUCGACAUGAGCCCGUAUCGCUUGUGUGCUUGGACGGCCAUCUGGUCCUUCGCCAUGACGGCGGUUGCAAUGCUAAUCAAAGAGGGCUUCGCUCCUUUCAGGGCGUUCCCUGACACGACCCUCCACACGAAGGUGGUGUUCUUCGCUGGCGCCAUCCUGGCGACGGUCCUGAAUGUGGUGAUGUGUUUCGUACUGAAGUAUCUGGGGCCCCUACAGCAAAACAUCUUCGGCCAGCUGGAGCUGGUGGCAGUCCUGACCCUUGCCAUGGCGUGGCUACACGAGACGGUCACCACCAUGCAGUGGAUGGGUGUCUUGCUGAUUGGGCUGGGCUGCCUGCUGUCCCACAUGGACACGCCUUCCGCGGUCAAGCAGCUGUUCGUAAGGCGAAGAACGCUGAGCUCGCUGUCGAAGGCGCCCUGA